UUUCAACAGGUUGUAGGCUUUGGGCAACAGAUUCUUCAAGGACCCAGGUGGGUCCUGCCUCCAGCUCCUUUGGCUCAAGACUUUUGUAGAUGAGGCCCACCGAGCCGUGCCCUGGAAAGCCAAGCCUAAUCCAGGCACCAUCGCCCUCUUUACCAGGAUCAUCCGGGAAGAGGUCAUAGAUGGAGUCAGCGGUGCUAUUAGCCUUCUUCCUGCAAGGGGCCCUAACACUCUCACUGACAGACAAUAAGGUUCCUACCUUGCGCUUUGUGGCUGUGGGAGACUGGGGUGGGGUCCCUAAUGCCCCAUUCUACACAGCCCGAGAGAUGGCAAAUGCGAAGGAAAUCGGGAGGACAGUGGAAACCCUGGGAGCCAAUUUCAUCUUGUCCCUUGGAGACAACUUCUACUUCAAUGGAGUUCACAACGCUGAUGAUAAACGAUUCCAGGAAACCUUUGAGGAAGUUUUCACAGCUCCCUCCCUUCAAAAUGUUCCCUGGUAUGUGCUAGCUGGAAAUCAUGACCACUUGGGGAAUGUUUCAGCUCAGAUUGCUUACUCCAAAGUCUCUAAGCGAUGGAAUUUCCCCAGCCUUUAUUACCGCCUCAGAUUCAAAAUCCCCAAAACUAAUGUAAGUGUGGCUAUUUUUAUGCUGGACACUGUGACACUGUGUGGAAAUUCCGAUGACUUCCUGAGCCAACAACCUGAAAGACCCAAGGAUUUGAAACUGGCACGAAGUCAACUGUCCUGGUUAAAGAAACAGCUAACCAAUGCCAAAGAGGACUACCUACUGGUAGCUGGCCACUACCCUGUGUGGUCAAUAGCAGAGCAUGGACCUACCCAUUGCCUUGUAAGGCACUUACAGCCUCUACUGGUCAAGCACAAGGUCACGGCUUACCUAUGUGGCCAUGACCACAACUUACAGUACCUCAAGGACAAGGACGGUGUGGGUUAUGUUUUGAGCGGAGCAGGAAAUUUCAUGGACCCCUCCAAGAAACACCAACGUAAAGUCCCUGAUGGUUACCUGCGUUUCUACUAUGGGGCCCGAGAGUCCCUGGGUGGCUUUGCCUAUGUGGAAAUCACUCCCAAGGACAUGAGUGUCACUUAUAUUGAGGCCACAGGCAAAUCUCUCUAUAAAACAAGUCUGCCUCGUCGAACUGUAUCUUAAGUCCUAAUGGUUUUCAUUGACCAGCACCUUCUCUCAUAUUUGGAACUUCUUGGAGAUAGUGGGAGCUCAUCAUAGCACUCCCUAUUAUCUUUUAACUUCUUCCCUUCCACUUCCCUAGAUAAACUCCUAGGGAGUCUCUGGGAAUCUAGCACUAAUAGGUCAUCUUCCUUGGGGCUAGGAAAAUGCAAGAGGCUGACUCUCAAACCCUGCUCCUCCAAAAGGAUGUGUUGGCAGGUAGGUGAGAAUUGCCCCUUACUUAGAAAAGUAGAGUCCCACUUGAUUAGGGUGUAGGCACAGGUUUACAAAGAACCUAAAAAUGUGAGACUAGCACUCAACACCAGCUGAUGUGAAUAUGCCAGUGUGGAUGAGGAACAAGCAUUUCUAAAGAGUAGUUUUCCACUCCUAUGUGAUUUUUAUCACUCCCAAUCCUGAUCUUAAGGAGAAAAUUGGGACAAAGAAGAGAACUUUCUUUCCAAAGAAGGAUAUUUUCUGUUGCUGCAUUUCAAUAAAAUAAUUGUUACAGAGGCUAAA